AUGGCGGAGCUGGAACCCUCCGCUCUACACAAUGACAGCGCUGAGGUGCCCGGGAACGGCACGGCCAAACUGCUGAGUUCCCCCGGAGGGCACCGCGCUGGCCUAUGGCAGCCUGCUGGGGAUGGCUCUGCUCCCCAUCUUCUUCGGGGCUAUGAGGAGUGUCAGCUGUGCCCGGGGGAAGAAUUCCUCAGACAUGCCGGAGACCAUCACCAGUCGGGACGCGGCUCGCUUUCCCAUCAUCGCCAGUUGUACACUUUUUGGACUUUACAUCUUUUUUAAGAUCUUCUCACAAGAGUAUAUAAAUCUUCUUCUGUCGAUGUACUUCUUCAUCCUGGGAGUCUUGGCCCUAGCACACACAGUCAGCCCACUGAUGAAUAGGGUCUUCCCAGAAAACUUUCCCAACAAACAGUAUCAGCUGCUCUUCACUCAGGGCUCCGGGGACAGUAAGGAAGAGGUAUUGAAUUAUGAAUUUGAUACCCGGGAUCUGGUGUGUCUCCUCAUCAGCGGUGUGGUUGGGGUCUGGUACCUCCUGAAGAAGCACUGGAUUGCCAAUAACCUCUUUGGUUUGGCGUUUGCCCUGAAUGGAGUGGAGCUGCUUCACCUAAACAACGUCAGCACUGGCUGCAUUCUGCUGGGGGGGCUUUUUAUCUACGACGUCUUCUGGGUAUUUGGGACCAAUGUCAUGGUGACUGUGGCUAAAUCCUUCGAAGCACCAAUAAAAUUGGUCUUUCCACAGGACCUAUUGGAAAAGGGACUUGAAGCCAAUAAUUUUGCUAUGUUGGGACUUGGGGACAUAGUCAUUCCAGGGAUCUUCAUUGCUUUGCUGCUCCGUUUUGAUAUCAGCUUAAAGAAGAACUCCCACACAUACUUCUAUACCAGCUUUUUGGCGUACAUCUUUGGUUUGGCCCUCACCAUCUUUGUGAUGCACACCUUCAAACAUGCUCAGCCUGCUUUGCUGUACCUGGUCCCGGCCUGCAUCGGCUUCCCUCUGCUGGUAGCGCUGAUCAAAGGAGAGCUGACGGAGAUGUUCAGGUGA